AUGGAACUCUAUACUAAAUUCAAACAGUUUUUACUAUCCAUCCGGCUUUUUAGAGCGAGUUCAGACGAGAGGAAAGCAAAGCCAAUUCAGGCACAUGUCAAGUAUAAACACAUCUCGGAUAACGACGACGCUACGGAUUUGAGAGCUGAUCUUUUCAAGUCUCGCUCCAUUGAUGAUAUUCUAGACGAUAUAGGCUUGAGAUUAUUUCAUUUGAAAGUGAUCCUAAUACUUGGCUUACUAAACAUCACAGAUUCUCUAGAAGUUUCCAUGUUAUCUAUCACACUUCCAAGUAUAAAAUCACAAUGGAAUAUCUCGUCGUUCCUAGCUGGAGUCUUAACCAUCUCAUUAUCGGCAGGAAUGAUAGUAGGCUCUUGGUUUUGGGGCUGGGUAUGUGACAAAUACGGACGAAAACGUGGUUUUAUUGGCAGUGCCAUUUUUAUAGUGGUUUUCGCAUUUGCAAGUGCGUUUUCACCAAACUAUUACUGGUUAUGGAUAAGUCUUUUCUUGGUCGGGUUUGGGAUAGCAACCACAUUUGAGACUUAUGUUAUGACUAUGGAAUUAUUCCCACCAAAAUAUCGAACUAUGUUUUCAGUAUUAAUCUCCAUAUUCUGGACAUUAGGCUUUCUACUUUCAGCAAUUGUCUCUACUGAGCUUUCAGUAAUCGGUUAUCGUUGGGCUUUAGCUAUCGUGUGUUUUCCAACCGCACUUUUCCUUAUUGGUAUUGUAUGUCUCCCUGACACGCCACAUUACCACCUAGCUGCCGGAGACGAGCAGAAAGCUUUGAAUAUUUUACAAGAUUUUGCACCAGAAAUGGACUUGAGCAACACAAAACUCAACCGAGAACACGAGUCAAAGAGGGCGGAUAUCACACAGCUAUUUCGAUCAGGUUAUUGGAAAAUCACAAUAUUCGCUUGUAUUGUGGCUUUUACCUGUGCUACAUCGUACUACGCUUUAAUAUACACCGCCUCUGAUGUUGCCAGCUUUGAAAGUGCCACAACUAAUGAACUAGAAGACGACCUAUUGGAUAGUUCAAGUCGUGAUUUGUAUCGCAUAAUGGCUUGGAUGAAUUUGCCUGAGUUGGUGUUAACAAUUUCAGUUGCUGUAGGGUGUUAUAUUUUUACAGUGAAAAGCGUAUUUUUAACUACCGUACUUCUGCCAAUAAUAUUACAGAUUAUAGCUUUGUUUGUCCUAAACCAAAGGACUGUAUUACUCAUAGUGACAAUGCUAUCUCGAAGUCUAGCCAUGUCAUGCACUACCCUUGUUGUUAUUUAUGCUUCACUGCUCUACCCGACUGAAAACCGUAGCAUUGGCGUUGGAGCUUGUUUUUCCAUAGGUCGUAUUGGGAUGCUCCUAGGACCGUUCAUAUUCGUGACAUUAUUUGCGGAAGCCUAUUUCUACGGAAUUGUGUUUAACAUUGGAAUUUUACUGUUAGGAUUUGUAGCAAUUAUCUUGUUGCCUUCACGAAGUGGCGCGCUAGUUUGAGAACAUUCCAGAAUCGAUCAGGGACCUGCAGUUGUUCUAAGCUCGUAUAUUUAUAUCAUUUAAUCACUUUCUUGUACAUAGCACAUUGUAGUACUGUAAAAACCCGAUUCCGAUAUGUUGCACAUCCACGAC